AUGUAUUUCCAAGCGGCCACCCUCGCGGCUCUUAUUGCUGUGGCUCACGCCCGAUUCAAUCAAGAGCAAAUCCCAAUUCCCGCCAUUGCCGCCGUCCAGGGUGGUCGUCCCGGUGUUGCAGCUACCAUUGCAGGUGCUGCCGUCAGCGAUCUGCUCGCUGCGACCAAUGCUUGUGACAAGCUUAAGAGAGGGGACCAAAUCAUCUCCGAGCUCGGGACAGGAGCUGAUGCUAUCGCUGCUGCUAUUGGCAUCGUGGCAGCUGAGAAGAACUUCAAUCCGUUCGUCCAGUCAAUUCCUACCAUCUGCAAUGACCCUACGUUACCAGCGACCGAUGUCCUCCGCGGUAUCACUCAGUUGAUCGAUCCAGCUGUUGUUGGCUCAGAUAUUGCCAAUGCAUUGUCUGCCCAGACCAAAGUCACUCCUUUGGACGCUACGGGCAAGAGUGUUGCCGAUCUCCUGGCUGAGAAUGGAUUCACCAAUUUCACCACUCAAGAUGCUGCUGGCAAUACGGGUGCUGCACCUGCGGGUGAUGCCGCUGUUUCUGACGCCGGAGCUGCCACCGCUGCUGCUUCCACUGGGGCUGCUUCUGCCUCGACUACUGCCGCUGUCGUAGUAUGUGGAGGUGCUCCAACUGCCACAGAAGCCCCCAUCACCGCCACCGAAGCUGCCGCAGUCUCCACCACUACUACCGCUGCAGAGGCUGUCUCAACCACAGCUGCUGCAUCAGGCGACUCGUCGGUCCAAGCAUCAACUGUGGCAGGCGCUGAUUUCGGCCUAUGCGUGCCUACCAUGAAAUUCGAAGGCGGACUCGGUGGCCGCCCAGCUACGGAGUUCACAUUCUUGCCCAUUGACCCUCUCUGCGCUCAGGGACAGCAGGAGGCUUUGAACCCGAACAUCAUCACAAACCGUAUCUGCGACCAACUGACCAACGUCUGCGAGGCCAACGAUGCCGCCAAGUCUCUAUGCCGUGAUGCCCAAGCCCAGAUUCAGGCCCUGGGGACCCGCGACAAGACUACAGCCGAUACUUGGAACACCUUGCUUGGCUUCGAGGGUGCCGUUACCAAUCCUGACGGAGGAGCCGACUCGCCACCUGCCAAGAUGAGAAUGGUUCGAUCAUACCGUGCUUGA